AUGGCCGCAAAAAUGGUAGUCAAAAGUGAAGUCGAGCCAAAUGAUAUUAUAAAAAGAGCAAAAAAUGAUUAUAGUUGGAAAAUCUUAGAACUUUUGGGCAGUGGUGGAUACGGCAAAGUGUUCAAAGUGAUUCAAGUCAAAGAGGACGGAACACUGAUUGCUCAUGCUAAAGAAUAUGCGAUGAAAACGGAAAUGAAGUCGACAAAUAAGAAUACAUCAAGAUUGAAGAUUGAGAAAAAUGUGAUGGAAGCGUAUGCAAAAAGUGAGACAUUACUCAAAGAACAUUUUCCGGAAAUGGUUGAUUUGGGACAGACGAGUUGUUUCAAGUGGAUUGUUAUGACAUUAGUUGGACCAUCAUUAGAGGCUUUGAAAAGGAACGGAUUCACAAUUUCUACUGCACUUCAAUGUGGCUUGCAAACGUUGAAAGCGAUCCGCGAUUUUCAUCAGAUGGGAUUUCUACAUCGCGAUUUGAAACCGGCGAAUUUCUGCGUUGGUAUUCAUGCGAACAUUGAAUUGAUCUAUAUGCUCGAUUUCGGGUUGACACGAAUGUAUCGCAAAAAAGAUGGAACGAUUCGACCACCUCGACAGCGAACCAAGAUGAUUGGAACACCGCGAUUUUGUUCGCGAGCGUCGCAUCGCAAAAUGGAGCUGUCGCGGAAGGACGAUUUUGAGAGCUGGUAUUUUAUGGUGAGCCAAUCUAGUCGACCUUAUUCAUAAGCCUAACUAGCAGUUUCCUUUCAGCUCUUGGAUUUCGUGGAUCAUGAGAAGGGAAUUCCGUGGCGUGGCAAAUCGCGCGAACAGGCUUAUCAACUCAAACAGCAGGUUUUCGAUCAACCGACGUGGAGUAGGUUUUUUUUUGGAAAAACUAACGCAAACGCGCUCUGAUGCAAAUUUGUUGUUUUUAUCGGAAAUUCAAUUUUUUAAAUAUUAUUUUCAGUCAGCACAAUCUCUCCACUUAUUCCUUCAUCAUUCGGAACAUGUGCUGAAUAUAUGAAUGAAUUGGAAUACGAAUCAGAUGUUGAAUGGAGUGUAUUUCGAGAUGUCAUAACUGAAUACGCUCGAAAAGCCAAAAUCACCUUAAAAGAGCGACUUGAUUGGAUCCCAGCAACUGGUUCUUCUCGAGUUCCAAUUGUUCCAGGUCCAGCUAUCAAAACUCUUGCUGUUCAAGAUAAAGAGAGUCUAAAUAAUAAUAAUUCAAAGUUGGGACAAAUUGAUAAUAAUUCGAUAAGUAGUGGCGAUGAUGAAACAUUGGAUGUUGGAAAUGGAAAUGGAAAAGGGAAAAGAUCGGGAUCGAAAUCGAAACAAAGAUCGAAAAGGGGAACUGUGACAGUUACAACUACAACAACUGUUGAGAUGAAGUGA